AUGGUAUCAGAACCAGACACUGAGUCGUGCACCAACAAGAACGCUGGCCCCCAAAGCAUUCCUUAUAAGGAGCAUUAUUCUAUGGCUAUCACUCUUCCACUAAUUUUUAUCUCUUUCUUUCUCGUACGAGUCCUCUCCUCGCACGCUAUCUCUAAUCAAGAUGAGAGCUACAUGAAGCUAGUUCAUGACGCGACCGACUUACCCGAAAACGAAGAAUAUGAUUACAUAAUCAUAGGAGGAGGAACAGCGGGGUGUCCAUUAGCUGCAACCUUGUCAUCAAAAUAUUCAAUCCUCGUUCUAGAAAGAGGAAGUGAGCCCAACAAAUACCCGUCUGUGUUGAAGGAGGAAGGUUUAUUGAACGUUUUUGCUGAAGAAGAUGAUGGCCAAAACCCCUUCCAGCGCUUCAUCACUGUGGAUGGUGUGGAUGUCAUUAGAGGAAGGGUUCUUGGCGGUGGUAGCAUGGUGAAUGCUGGGUUCUACUCGAGGGGCCAUCGGGAGUUCUUUGAAAGUGCAGGCGUUGAUUGGGACAUGGAAUUGGUGGAGGAGGCUUAUGAAUGGGUUGAACAGACUGUGGUUUCUCGCCCAAGGUUGAGUGAUUGGCAAAGUGCUUUUAGAAGUGCUUUGUUGGAAGGUGGUGUUCGCCCUUAUAAUGGGUUUGAUUUGAGACAUCUUGUGGGGACUAAAAUUGGAGGCUCUAUCUUUGAUGUGGAAGGAAAUAGACAUGGAGCUGUGGAGCUUCUUAAUGGGGUUCAACCCGAAAAUCUUAAAGUUGCGGUUCGUGCUACCGUUGAGAAAAUCAUUUUUUCGGAUCUAUCAGCAAUUGGAGUUUCAUAUUCCGAUUCAAAAGGAAAUACUCAUACCGCAUUCAUCCGCAAGAAAGGAGAGAUCAUAUUGAGUGCCGGAGCCAUUGGAAGCCCUCAGCUUCUCCUUCUAAGUGGGGUUGGCUCAAAAUCUCAUCUUUCAUCGUUAAAACUACCCGUCGUUCUUGACCAACCCGACGUCGGCGAGUUCAUGUCCGACAAUCCCCGUUUCACCGCCGCCAUCGUGCUUCCAUUCCCACUGGUAGCUUCAUCAUCACAAGUAGUCGGAAUAUUAGACGGCAAUAUCUAUUUGGAAACAUUGGCAAGCCCUUCUCCAUUUUUUAUUUCACCAACUUUUAGCCUUCUUCCUCCUCAAUCCACUAUGAUCAACCCGAGCUUAGCCCUUUUUAUUGGCAAAUUCUCGAACGUGCUUUCAAAAGGCUCACUUCACCUUAAUUCCUCCACAAAUGUUAACAAUGACCCAAUUGUUCGAUUCAAUUAUUAUUCAAAUCCUAACGAUCUUGUACGAUGCGUUAGAGGAUUACGAAAAGUGGGAGAUUUGCUUAAAACCCGAACGAUGGAAAAGAUCAAGACGCAAGAUUUGAAGGGUAAUAAACGGUUUCAGUUUCUGGGGCCUCCCUUGCCGGAAAACUUGUCGGAUAAUAGCUCCGUUGAAGAGUAUUGUAAGGAAACAGUGACCACUUAUUGGCAUUACCACGGCGGAUGCUUGGUCGGAAAAGUGGUCGAUAGUAAUUACCGAGUCAUCGGAGUCGAAAAUUUGCGUGUCGUUGAUGGCUCAACUUUCGCUGUCUCGCCGGGAACUAAUCCAAUGGCCACCGUCAUGAUGCUUGGCCGGUAUGUUGGCCUUCAGAUGCUGCAACAAAGAUCAAGUUAAGAACGUGCAUGUAUCUUGUUUUUAAUAAUAAUUUCGUGACAAUAUCAGUUUGA